UUUAUAACUUUGGUGGGCUGCCCUGAUUUAAAAGCAGGCUGGCUUUAUCAGGGCAUGGGCACAAGUGACCGAACACUGAAAACAAAAUGCUGCUUCUAACUUCAGCUUUUUUUCUAACACUACUGCAGUGCUCUACUGCCCAAAAUGAAAUAAGCAUUACACCUGCAGACUGUAACACCAUUGAAACAGAUGCAGGAGUGGCCCUGGAUUUGGUCAACAGACAUCGCAGAGAAGGUUAUGUUUUUGGUUUGUUCCGUGUUGCUGAUGCACAUGAACUACAUUUAGGAAAUUCAACAGUCCUCUACUUAACUUUGGAUGUGCUGGAAACGGAAUGCUCUGUCUUAUCCAGAAGACACUGGGAGUCCUGUGACUACAGUGACACCUAUCCAAUGGACUUUGGGCAAUGUAAGAUUAUCACAUAUACAAACCAUCUGCUGAAGAAACCUCAACUAUAUGGAUUUAAUUGUACAUUAAGUCCAGUUCCACCUGACUUAGUAGAGUGCAAAGAUUGUCCUGUGAAACUUGAAGCCUUAGAAGUCACUGAGCAACAUAAAGAUAUUGCUGCAAAGGCCCUGAGGAAAUUCAACAGUGAAAGUAACCACACAAACAACUUUGCUGUGGAUAAAGUUGAAAGAAUUUUAAAGAUGACUGCCUCCCGUGAAGGUCACAUUUUAGGAUUCUCUAUAAAAGAGACCAACUGUUCAAAAUCUGUGCAGGAAACAGAUCAGGCACUGGAAUGUGAUUUUCUGCAUGAUUGGCACGCUCACACUGGAUUCUGCAAGGCAAGAAUUAUCACUGAUGCAGAUGAAGCUGAUGGAACAGAUAUAAGCUGUGAAAUCUACCAUCCCUGGCACCAUGGCUGUGGGCAAAGAGGGAAACAUUCAGCCCAGGGACAUCCACACAGACAUCCCUACUGUCAUCAUCAUUUUGGUCACAGACAUCGCCAUAAGCAUCACCACAGACAUGAAUGCCCCCCCUCUUCUCAGUCCAGACCUGAAGACCCUGAGCAUAACCCCAAAUCCAGCAAGGAAGAUCAAGACAGCAACAAAGGACCUGUUUCUCCCCUUCCUCCCCAUGAUGAACCAGAUCACGACCAUCCUACUCCACCUCCUCACGGAACUGAUCACGACCAUCCUCCUCACCACCAUGGACCACCGUGUCCCCCUCCUCAUGGUGCAGACCACGACCAUCCUCCUCACCACCAUGGACCACCCUGUCCCCCUCCUCAUGGACCAGAUCAUGACCACCCUCCUCACCACCAUGGACCACCCUGUCCCCCUCCUCAUGGACCAGGUCACCACCCCCCUCCUCACCACCAUGGACCACCCUGUCCCCCUCCUCCAGGACACCCUCCUCAUCACUGCCAUCACUAUUACAGACAUCAUCACAACAAGACAAGCAUAUCAGGAAAGUAUUUUCCAUGCCAUGUAACGGGAGCUGUCUAUCGCAUCCCAGUUCUAAAUCAGCAGGAUUCUCUCACACCUCCCACUGCAAACUUUCCUGAACUAUCCCAAUGCAACCUUCACUUUUCCAGCACUGGCUCAAAACUGAAGGAGAUGGCAGAACUUCCAGACUUUCCAGAUCACCCUACACAAUCAAAAUCAUGCCCCGGAAAACCCAAACUUGACCUUCCAAAAAUUUUGCCCUUAUUUCCUCAUAGCUUUGUAACAGAAAGUUCUCCUAUAUGACCUCAGAGAAAGAUGUUCCUGACUCAAUAAUUUCAGGGGCAACCACAGUCCUACAGUAAAUGAAAACAGCAGAUGAAAACAGAGAAGUGGGAAAAGCAUUCUGUUUCUAGGAAGGAGAGUCACUGAAAAUAUUCAUUAAGUAUUUCAACCUGUGUCUCCAUCAUGGUUACCUCUAGCUCCACUGCAACUGAAAGGCUCAAAAUUCUGAGUCCUUCAGAUAAUAUGAAUGGGUAAAAAUCUCCUCAGAAAGCAAUGUUCCUUCAGUUCUAACAAAAAGGAAAAUUCUCAAAUAGUGCAAAUUACCAUCUAUAAUCUUUUUUUUUCAUCAUUCAUAAUUAUAAUGUACUUCUCCAAUUAAUCUGACCUAGAGGAAAUUCGACUGCUUUCCAUAAAAAAGUAAUCCAUGACACUACGUUCAUGCUUUAUACAGAUUUACAGAAAAUAAAAAUGCAAGCAUUUUUUUCUUGA